UUUAUUAGGGAAAACGGAACCAGUCGAGAUGGAUUAUAUCAGGAAUAUUGUUUUAGUCAUUUCAUCUUUAGUCACCAACUGGUAAAUGUUAACUUCACGUUAGGAACCAUCAAAACUUCCUUAUUGAUCUUUCAGCUACCAGAAACAACAUCAACUUAACAGCUACAGCCUCAUUUGGUGUGCAGGCAGUGUUGUCACUGUUCUCCAGCCUGUACAUCAGUGCUCUGCAUUGUAGUGGAGGGGCAGGAAGGAAACCCAGCAGGCCAGAGAGACAGCAAGGCAGCAAGGACUCAGGAUGCCUCUGUUCUUCAGGAAGAGGAAACCUAAUGAGGACUCCCAGAAGAGACUGGAAUAUCAGCUGUGCCUGUCUAAGGAGGCAGGUGCUGAUGACAUCCUGGACAUCUCAGCUUGUGAGCUCUCAGAGGUUCCCUCAGGUACCUUUUCCAUUUGUAAGGUGCUACAGAAGAAGGUCCUUAUCCUUCACAGUAAUGAACUGAGGUCAUUGCUCCCCAAAGGAUGUGACAUCAGUGCUCUCACCACCUUAAAGGUUUUGGAUCUGCAUGAGAAUAAGCUCACCUCACUCCCAGAAGACAUUGGGAAGCUGGCAUCAUUGCAGAUUCUGAAUGUGGAGAAGAACCAUUUAAAGGUCCUGCCGGAUUCUAUUGGGGAUCUGCAGCAUCUGCAGACGCUCAAUUUAAAGGGUAACAAACUCAGUGAGCUGCCAUCAUCAGUUGGGCGUUUGAGCAGUCUGCGCACCCUGGACUUGAGUGACAACAAGGUUGUGCAGCUCCCCAAAGCUCUGGCCUACAUCCGCACCUUAGAGAGCUUAACACUUGAUGCUGCCAUGAUGUCCUACCCACCUGCAUCUGUGUGUACAGAGGGCACAGAAAAAAUCCAACAAUUCCUGUGCAGAGAGCUGGGAGAGGAAUACUGCCCCCCAUCCCAGUACCUAUUGCCAGUGCUGGAGAAUGACUGUGGCAAACAGAACUCUGACUGUUUGGAUGGCUCAGUGGAGAUCUGGGAGAGCAAAUUCAGUGAAUAUGAGAAGAGAAAGGAGCAGAAGCAGCAGGAGAAACUGGCUUUUGAGCGGCACCUGGAGGAGAAGCAAAAGGAACACACCCAACUUGUACUCAUGAGCACCUCCCACAAGGAAGGCAUCCUCAACUCAGUGCGACAGGAGCAGGAGCGUCUGGAGCAGGGAGUCAGCCAGCAACAGAGGGCGCAGGAAGCCGAGAGGCUGCUGGUGUUACAGAAAGUCCGACAAGUUGAAGAUGGCAUCAGCACUCGUAUCAGCAGCAUGCUGAUGGACAACAACCGGCAGAAAAAGAGCGCUGAGUUUCUUCAAGCCAUGGAGGAAGAUCGAAUCCGUAUGGAGCAACUGACUGCUAUCACACAAGAAGAAGCCAAUUCACUGAGGAAGAGGGAGGUUGCAGUGGCCAUGCAGAAGAUGCUGUCAGAUAGCUGUGCUAUGAGCUUCCUCCAGGAGGCCAAUGACUGUCGCAGACAGAACCUGGUCUCUGAGGCUUGCAAGAGUAUGGAGAAUUUGGACAGGAAGUUUGAUAAGAUGCUGUCUCUCCAAAUGUUGGACAAAUCUAAAGCCAUCACCCAAAUCUUACAGGAGGAGGAGAUGCAGAAAGCAGCUUUCCAGGCUCUGCAGCUACAGAAAGAUUCUGUCCACGGCUACAUCCGCAACCAGAUCAAGCUCAUAGAGGCUGAAUUAAUGCAGCUGACUAAACUGGAGGUUAAAAGACGCAGCCUGGAUGCUGAGAACCUGCAGGAGGUUCUGGUUGAGCAGCGCACAGCUCUAAGUGAUUUGCUACAGCAGCUGCUGAAGCAGAGGGACCAGAGAGAACUGGAGCUGCAGCAGGUUCUGGCAGAGUUGGAGCUCAAGUCUGAGUCCAACCAGCAGAACUACUGGAUGAUCCAGUACCAGAGACUGCUGGAUGCCAAGCCCCUAUCAUUGCGCAUGCAGGAAGCAGGUGUUGAAAAAGAGUUAGUCAACCUGCUUUGCAAACUGUCAGCUCAGCACUACCUGCCGAUCCUGGCUCAUCAUCGAGUGACGACUGAGGCCCUUCGCCACAUGACCUCCUCUGACCUCAAGAAGCUUGGCAUUAUUGAAAUAGGAAUCCAGAAAGCUCUUCUGAAAUGGGCUCAGGAUCACCAACCUGAAGGAGCAUGUAAGACUGUCCAGGGAGAUGAAGUAGCAGAAGUCAUCCCCACAGCUCCACCGAUUCCCUCUUCUCCAUUUUUUCCCACUACCCCAACCCUCCACAUCCCCAGUCCACCACUCACCCCAGGGACCCCUGUUACCCCAUCAGCCCCCAGCCCUGUGGAGGGACCAGGGAGCUCUGAGUGUGUGGUCUGCAUGGAAACCCAGUCUCAGGUCAUCUUCUUGCCCUGUGGUCAUGUGUGCUGUUGUCAGGUCUGCAGCAACGCUAUGCAGAACUGUCCUCUGUGUCGCAGCAACAUAGCCCAGCGCGUACACCUCUAUCACAGCUAGAACCAACUGUACAGCUGUCCUGCACUGGCUGCCACAAUUAUUCCUGCAUAGUCGUAAAGCUGCUGUGAGCUAAUCUCGUCAUAUAUAGAGAAGCUUUUAACUGGUUUUCAGUGAGCUGAGCCACUUUCUUGUAUUAACCAAAUAGUAAUCUGUGAUGUACAGUAUAUUGAGCAACGGUCAUCACUGGCAUCCAAGCCUGUUGUAUUUUUUUGCUCUUUUUUAAUUCAGCAAUUUGUAUUGUAUUGUAUAUUAGUAGAAAAGUUUAGAUUACACAUAGGCUGAAGACCGACUCUUUUUUGCCUUAGUAUAUGUUUUCAAUUGAUGUGUGAAUUUUCUCUUUUGUUAAGCAGCACUACUUGUUUCGGUGGUCAACCAAAGUAACACCAGAGGCCUGUAUCACAAAUUGAGUUAAACUUAGUCUUGGGCUUCUCUGGCUUCACUGAGCCUUACAGUCCUGGAUAACAGCUCAGAGUUAGCUGGACAAGCCACUAAUCUCACUUUGUGGUAUAGGAAUACAGAAUUGUUCUUUCUUUUGUUGUCAUUGCUGGUUGUCUUUGCAUCACUAAUGCAAACUCAUGCUGUUGCUCUUUGACAACGUGUCUUGUCCUCCAUUCCAAAGGCUUCUUACCUUUCCAUUCAAGUCCCUCUGUGUAUGAUGGAAUUAUUUAUCUAGUGUUAGUUGGUGGGAUAUAUAAAGGCAUAUCUUGACAGCUUGAGCAAAACAAACAAACAAACAAACA